AGCAAACCUUCCCGUCUUCUUUGCACUUCAACAUCAUCAACAUUGUCAAUAUGAGAUCACAAAGUCUAAUCCGCAGAGCUGGUGUCUCUCUUCGUUCGGUGGAAGCGUCCACGAGCAGAAGUGCAGCAAUUCCAACAAUAUCAAAUGCCUUACAUAGCCCAACAGGAAGAAUUGGAAGAUCACGUAACUCCAACGUGCCCAUGUCACACUUUCCAGCAUUGACAAGAAGCUUCCAUUCCACAAGAUCCGUCAAUCUUGCAAGUCAAACGGUAAAAGAUCCUAGCCAUCCUACCGGAAUCUACUUCCAUCCUUUACCAUCAUCGAAUCAAUAUGCAAUCUCUCUCCUCCCCAAAUCUCCUUCUUCGCCUACGAGUGCAUCUAUAAUCGGUUUCAUCAAAGAUCAGCCAGAUAGUUCUGGAGAAAUUUACGAUAUCGCAGUUCGCAAUCCUGAUUUGGUUGAACCACAUCCUCCUUUCAUUCAACUCAUGCAUGAUGUUUUGAAGAAUGAAUGCGUACCACAAGAUGGAUUGUUGGAGUAUGAAGCUUAUCUACGUACAGAUGGAUUUGCACACGUUGCCGAUCCUAGACAUCCUCUCAUGCCCGGUCGUAUUCCAACGCCAGAGAACAUCAUUGCUAUGGUCGCUUUCACUGAAGGUCAGAUACGUCCUGAUUCGUAUGAACCAAAUGAUGUUUAUCGAAUCGUCACUUCGGAAGAGGGAUUUAUACAAUUGAGACCGAAUUGGUUAGACCUUGUCACGAAAAGAUGUAAAGAGAUUAACUGAACUUCAAUGUUACGCUAUCAUUGGCCGUAGUGUCGCACUGAGUGAUUCUCGGAAUUGUCAAAAUUACUCAUGACGAAAAGCAUCAACUUGGAUUGUCGCAACGCUACAGACCUGCAACGAUCAGAAGUGGUCAUGUUCAACUUCAAUAACCAUUACUCAGGUGAAACGAUUUCACACAAGCAAACGUCGAGAUCUAACUUAGACUUAAAUAUAUAUGUCACACCAAUGAAUAAUUCUUCAACAAUAAAAUCAUUUUAUUUCAAAUGUCC